GUUGAAAGAGUCCGGGCCCCAGAGAAGAUUGCCUAUGGAUGCCUAUGGUAAGAACCCUGCUCGCAUGCCUUUUUGAAUACUGGAUACUAUUGGACCUGGAUCUAUGGGGACCACAUGGACGCUGGUCGUGGUGGCAAACUAUUGGUGUACUUUGAUGAUUUUGAUUUGGGAGUGACCUAGAGUCUAGAGUAACUAUAAAUGAAACUACUCCCAGAUCUGAAAUCUAUAACCAAGUUUUUUGAUAAUGUGAAACUGAGCAUUUGGCCACGCUUUGCGCAGAAUCCGUUUCUAUCUUGACUUGACAACAGGUUUGACAGUGUCAGUCAGUGCAUGAUAUUUUUCCCAAUUCUGUUGUUUUGUUCCCUAAUUGCUUGAUUGCUUCACUCCGCUUGCCAGUUGUGAGAUCUUUGCAUUGUGCCAGUUGUGAGACUAGUUGUGAGAUCUGAAUUCAGUUUGAUUGGCCCGUGUUGGUAACGUUUCACCAAAAAGCGCCGGCACAGACAAACCCACAAACGCUUGGAAGCAACAUGAUACGCCACAUAAAACAAACUACUCCAAGUGUUUCCAAGCGCUUCAGGCGUGCAACAGCCCUCGUUUUUCCCCGCUGUGGCGAGCAUUAUUGCGACCCUGAUUUUCGAGACCUGCGCCUAACUAAAGUAAGACAAGACUCUUGGAUUGCCUUGCAGCACGAAGUUGCAACUUUGGCAUUGCUUGAUUCAAUAGCUUGGCCUUGGCUCGAAGGGUCAGUUCCGGCAUCUUCAUUGUUGCCAUGGCGGGAGAAGACCUUGAGAAUCUGACCUUCCUGCGCGAGGAAGGUCUCAUGGGUGGCGCCCGUUCUCUCGAGCUACUACCUCAUGGCGCAGCAGCUUGCUCGAGGUUUCCUAUUUUGGUCUUGGGGAUUGGCGUGUGCCUGACUGCAGUGGCCGGAGUUCUCAGGAACGGCUAUGUCAGAGCUGUCAAUGACAUCACCGCAACGCAACAGAAGAUUGAACAUGCUUGUGACGGCAAAGGCUGUUUUGGUGAAGGUCAGGGAUCGAAGUUGACCUUCAAUGGCAUGUGCGUAGGCGUUGACCCGAACCACGUCCGCAACGGUGCGGUUGUGCAGCUCCGGCCUUGCAAUGAGCACGGCAAUCACAUCAAGUGGCACUUUACGGGACUCCAUGGCCAAGAAGGAAAGUUGCACAUCAAAGCAAACCGGAGCCUAUGCCUUGAUGUGAAAGGUCACCUCUUUCACCCGCAAACACCGCUGCAACUCUGGAAGUGUGAAGAUUGGAACCAGGAUCAGCUCCUUCAAAUCUCUACCGCCCCUGGAGAUCGCUACCGUUUGGGCUGGAGUCGCCAUCCCAAUUACUUUGUCGAUGUCAAGGACGGGAACAAUGCUUCAUGGACUCUGGUUCAGAUUUGGACCUAUGGAAAGCACCAGCUUUUCUACGACUCCUGAGGUUCACAAGCUCAGAGACAGGACGGUCAUUGACAAGCUUCGCAUCAGCUGUGAGCUGCGAAUUCAUUGCAGGAUGCAGAUAUUGAUUCAGACAUAUUCAGUGAACUGGUACACGGAAUUGAGCACCGCUUGAUUCGGUUUGUUUAAGCAGACUGACUGCUUCGCCAAAGGUGACAGCCACGUAUAUAGGUACCCUUUUCGGAGUAUCGCAGCUACUCGGACACAAUGCUCAAAACCGACAAAGGCGUGAAGACGUGAGCACCCAAAAUCGUCAGUUUAUUGUCAAAGACGUGAAGCAUCUCAUGAAAAGAGGCGCAAGUUACCACAAGUUGUUGUUCGAAUUUGGACGAAUUUGGACGAGAAACAGAAGACAUAUCACUGAAAGGGUGUGGACGAGAGGACCCCCACAAAAAGAUGAUGCAAUUGCGGCACCAACGAAAUAGAGGCAAGGUCAUAGCUCGUGUGGUUUCAACAAACAUCAAUCAAUUUCACAGCUGCGUCAAGCAGAGCAUGAAACCGAGCUAUUUUUUCUACGCUUUGUGCAUAGGCUCUGUCGACAUGGCUUGGUGAGGCGAAGAACAUGAAAGCGCCUCCAGGUGAACCGAGAAGAAAACAUGUGAAUGUGUCCAAAAAGGUGCUGUCCGCAAAUGCUUUGAUGCAUGACCAGAUCGAAGAUAAGCACAUCAAACAGGUGACUGACAGGUGUCAGUCUGUGCAUGAAUUCAUUGUUUCAAAGCCACGGAUUUCAGAAUCAGCAUGUUUGAGUUUGGGGUUCGGAACAUCUUGGAACAGUCAGCUAUGGAGACAGUCAGCUAUGGAGAGAAACGAAGCAUACACGCAAUAUCCAACACAAAAUCAUAGUCCAUCAUUCCAUAUCAUUCCUUUGUUUUGUUUUUCCCAAUCGCUGGAUUGCUUCACUCCUGUUGGGCCUUGUUAUUGAUAUUUGCUACCUCACCUCCCCCUCAGGAUAAA